UCAGAAGCUCCUUGCCCUACAUUUCCUGACUGUGGAUACAAACAACCAAAGAGUGGAGUAGUACUCUCUUGCCUUGACUGCUUCCUCAAGAAGGGUUCACUCUACCGUUUCGAAUAUGGAGUCAGCUCUUCGAUUUUCCUCUCCAGAUUUCGCGGUGGAACUUGCACAACCGCUCCAUCUGACCCGUUUCAAACAGUCAUCCAUAGAGCAAUGCACCUUCUCCAAAACGGAUUUGGUAACUACGACGUUUUCCAAAAUAACUGUGAAGAUUUUGCUCUCUACUGCAAAACAGGAUUGCUCAUUCUGGAUAAGAACGGGGUUGGGAGAAGCGGUCAAGCUAGCUCCAUGCUGGGCGCUCCUCUAGCUGCACUCCUCUCUUCACCUCUCACAUUGUUGAUCCCAAAUCCUGUUGGUGUUGCAACUGUCACUGCUGGCGUGUAUUGUAUGAGCAGGUAUGCUACUGAUAUCGGUGUUAGAAACGAUGUGAUCAAGGUUCCCGUUGAGGAUUUGGCUCUGAACCUUGGCUUUAAAACCCUCAAGAGAAAAAGGAAAGCUUUUGACACUAGCGUCUCCAGGUGAACAUAGAUUCUAUUAUGUUCAUGGAUAAGUACAUAAGACUGGCCACUGCGUAGUCAUGAUCCUUCUUAGUUUCCCCUCGAUCUCAUUUCUUUUUUGCUAUGGUGACACUGUAAAAAAGUGGAUUCCAGUAUUAUCAAGAUUUAGUUCUAUAA